CCUAGUCUACGGGUGUGAGCGAGACUCUGACGAGGAGACUGACUUCUUGUUCCUAACUCAUACAAAGCAAGCAGGGUUUCGACGCUGCUAAUUAGGCAUAGAGCAGCAUACUCUCGGCCGGGCCGGGGCAUCUCUCCCCUUGGACACCACACCGGCCAUGGAGAAGCAGAGCAGGCCCAUUGCCCUAUCAAGGAGCGUGGUACUGACGGAGAAGAGCAGCAUACCCAGUUUGCUGCUGUUAGGCAAGCUCGUCUCGGACGGCUUCCCGGCGUCCUCGCCCUCGGCCUCGGUGCUUCCUGACAAGCUUCGCGAAAUCUGGGAUCCCUCGGGCACCGUCAACUUCUGGCCCGUCACGGACGGCACCUUCCUGGUCCAGUUCUACGAGGCGGAGGACCUGACCAAGGCGCACGACGGCGCGCCCUGGUCCUGCGGCAACGGCGACGGCGACGGAGACGGAGACGAAGGCCUCUUCCUGAUGCAGCACGUGAAGCCCGGCAUGCACAUGGUGGACCAAAUCGCCGCGUUCACCAAGGCGGAGCUGUGGGUGCGGUUCCACGACGUCCCCGUGGACCACUUCUCCGCCACCUCCGUGUACGCGCUCGCCGCGGGCAUCGGCGAGCCGGUGAACUGCGAGCUCAGUCACACGUCCUCCGCCGACUUCCUCCGGGCGCGGAUCCGGGUGGACAUCACGCGGCCUCUGCAGCGCUCCGUCGUCGUCGAGCUGGAGAACGGCGACCAGGAGUCGGUGUCCGUGGAGUACGAGGGCGUCCCGAGCUUGUGCCCGUCCUGCAGAAUCCUGGGCCACCCGCCGGACCGCUGCCCUCGCAGCCGAAGCCGCAGCCGCAGUCGCAGGACAAACCAGCCUGCAGCUGCCGCGUCUCGUCCGGCCGUUUACACGCCAACGCCAAGCCACCUGGGGCCCGGACGCUCCACCUCAUCAUCUCUCCGGGGGAAGAGUUCUCGACGCCAAGCCACCUGGGGCCCGGAUGCACCACCAUCUCCACCACCUCCUCCAGCACCAAGAGGACCAGGGCAGGAGCCACUCUCCCCUGUAAACACCACUUGUUUCAACUUCUUCAACCUCAAAUCCUGGAGAAAGGGGGUGGGAAAGAACGAAUCAUUCGGCACGGGGGAUGAUUCACAACACGAAAUUGAACCAGCUAGUAACCUGCAGGAAACCCAGGUGCUAGAGACAAACUCUGCAAAGGAGAGUGUUCAGGAGCCUUCCAUCAUGGAAUCACACCAGACUCAACUAGACACCACCCCGAUCACGCACUCAUAUUUCAUUGUAAAAGCCCAAGGGUCAAGCUCCAGGAAUCAUGCGAGGAUAGAAAUAAUGGUGGAAACACACUGCUCACCGCAGUUCAUAAUGGGAGCAAUGCAAUGGCUAUCCAAAAAAGACGUAAUUACAGGUUUGGAUGCAGCAUAUGAUGGCAAGAGAGGUGUCGUCAGUAUCUACGGCUUGCAAAUUGAUCAAAACACAGAUCCAGUUGAUCUGGUAGCGUAUCUACUUCCCAAGAUAAGAACGAAAAGCGGACUUGGAGAGACCCAGACCCGAACAAAACCUGACAGCCCAGCAAGAUUUGAAGACACGAUGAUGCGUUUCCAUGAUGCCUACUGUUGCAAGGGUACCUCCAAGGAAUCAAGAAAGAAUGGGGUAUAGUUAUGAGACGGUGUGAUGCUAGUUGUUAACAUGAUCUAGCAAAACUCGGCUACCCAGAAUGCAUGACUAUCUAGUCAUCAUCUGUUACACCCCCUCCCCCCGCACACACACACACACAUUAUAAGAAGAUUAAUGCUUCAAUUGUCCGAAUACAAUAAUAUAUAAUCGUUUCAUAUCCACA